AUGAUCACAGCAUGUGAUUUUGUUUUUAGGGUUCUGGCGGUGCUGCUCUGCGUGGCGGCGGCGGUGGUGAUCGGCGUCGACAGGGAGACGACGGAGGUCGACAUCGCCGUCGUCCCCGGCUUCCCCGGUUUCAGUUUUCCGUUCUCUGCAAAGUGGCAUUAUUUGUCUGCUCUUUUCUAUUUUUUGGUGGCGAACGCGUUAGCAUCCGGGUACGCCAUCAUCUCGGCCAUCGUCGUGUUAAUCAAUAGAGGUCGUAACAAGGGAGUUGUGGCAGCCGUCGUGGUUUUCGACGUAGCCGUCGUGGCGAUCCUCUUCUCCAGCCUCGGCGCAACCGUGGCCGUUGGAUUGAUCGCCUAUCAAGGGGUCGAGCGCCUCGGCUGGGAGGAGGUCUGCACCGUCUACAACCGUUUCUGCCACCAAGGGGGCGCUGCCGUCGGCCUAUCUAGCGCCGCCUGCGUUGCUUUUGUCAUCGUCGCGCUCGUCGGAGUUUUUACCCUUCAAAGAACGGCCGGCGCCGGCGCCGGCGCCGGAUAAUUGAAUUCUAAAGAUGUACGGCUAGAUUUCGUCUCUCCAUUUUUAUUUAUUGUUUGUGUUGUAUUCAUGUAUUGAGGACAAUAAUAAUCAUGUUGUAGUGAUUGAUG